AAUGAAGAUUAUCUAAUAAACCCUACAGAUACGGCUUCCUUUGAAAUUCACACCCAGAGCCUGAAACAAAUACAUACACUUCCCAAGAUUCUCCCAAAUACAACAUGUCAGAACAUUUUUUCCAUGUAUUCAUACCCUAAAUAUCCAUUGCAUUCCGAACUUUGCUACUGUUCGCAGCCAAAAAGUAAUUUGCAGCAAGUUCGGACUUCAUCAACAACUUUGGACACCAACACCGCAAAAGACCUAAACAGUACUCCUGUUAAUUUACAACCAAAUACCAACUUCUGGAAGACUCCCUUUGUUUUCACCAUCUAAACUCUCAAGUGCUUCCCCCCCAGGUGGGACUAGU